AUGGACUGGCCUGAAUGUGCAGGUAAAACCGGAGACGAGCUAAGGGAGUGUCUGUGCGACCUUCCCUUAUUUGUAUCGGUCACCACGGAAUGCCUUGCUCGGGCCGUUGUGAACGACUCGAAUCCAUAUGAUGCCUUUGAUCGCGGGUACUUGUCUUUAUGUCAAAGAGAGCCCGAAGUCGAAGUUCUGGUAGAUAUCGUACCUGACGACUUGUUACAGGACGGCGUUCAAACGGCCAAGGCAGCAAUUCAAAACAAAAAGCUGUCUCAGAUCUAUGGUCUCGUGCUCAUGCUCUUUUGGAUGUCAAUUUGUCUCAUAAGAAUCAUCGCAGUGACAUUGUCCGCAUUUGCACCAGGAUGUGCUCAAAAGAUUCGUGAGAGCAAGAUCUCCUCGCAUUUUAAGUCAAUGAUACUAUAUCCAGCUACAGUGAACGGAAAGCAUGCGCUGCCAGUUUUGCGCAUCGGGAAGUUUUCUAUACGCUUGCCAGUACGCUGGAUCACUAUCGUACUUGUUGUUUUUGUUUUUUUGAAUUUUGUUUUCCUGUUCUCCUCUUUUACGAUAGUCGAACGCAGUAUCACGUUUAAGACGCAGUCUAUGCAAUUUAAAAGGGUACUAGGUUACCGCAGUGCAUGUUUAACAAUGUUCCUGCUGCCUGUUCUUCUGCUAUUUGGGGGUAGGAACAAUUUUUUGAUGCCAUGGACCCGUUGGAAUCAUGGCGUGUUUGUAAUUUUUCACAAGUGGAUCGCCAGGAUGAUUAUGGUGAAUAUAGCUACCCAUGCAAUUUGCUACAGUCUUCUCCGCACUGAGCAAGGUUUAUAUCCUGGCGUUUUCAGAAAGUUUUAUUGGAAAUGGGGAGCAGCCGGCAUUGGCUCUUUAUCUCUAUUGAUUUUCUUCUCGCUACCGUACUUUAGGCGCUACAAGUACGAGCUGUUCUUGGUCUCUCACAUUUUGCUAGCUGUCAGUUUUGUCGUGUCAGCUUGGUAUCACGUUAGAACACUUGACUACGGAAAGUAUCAUGUCAUAGCUGCUAUUGUGGUAUGGGGAGCCGACCGCCUUCUGAGAUUCCUUCGUAUGGCGCUGCUCAGCCCAAGACAUGCGACCAUUAGGCACUCGAAGCAUGUAUCCUGUUUGGUCAUUGACAACUCUGGUCAUUGGGAAGCAGAAGCAGGCAACUAUAUUUAUGUUCAUUUCUCCAAACUUCGAUUUUGGGAGUCGCAUCCUUUUUCUGUUGUACCCACGCCUGAGGGUAACAUCAAGCUUUGCAUUCAGCGCAAAGAAGGAUUGACUGGUAUGCUUGAUUCUCUCACUGACGAUAAAAUGAAAGUAUGGAUCGACGGCCCAUAUGGCUAUCAUACUAGCUAUAAGAAUCAUGACCGAAUGGUGCUCAUUGCUGGCGGUAUCGGCAUAACCCAAUCCCUCGGUAUAAUAUAUGGCUUGCUUGAGGAGAAAGUACCGAGAAAAAUAUCUCUGUACUGGAGUAUCCCGUAUUUGGACUAUCUGGAGUUUUUCGUCGAUGACAUUGAGAGGCUUCAAACCGACAUUGAAAUCAAGAUCUUUGUAACAAGAGACAGUCCAGACGAAACGCAGGCAAAGAAAUCAUUUCCCAUUGAAUACGAGCAUAUGGACAUCAAGUCUAUCAUUACUGACAACUGUGAAAAAGACCCUAGCGUUGCGUUUAUGGUCUGUGGUCCGCCUCGCAUGAACGAUACGGUGAGAAAAGAGUCUUGCGAUGCACUGAAAAACGGGGCGUCGUUGACAUACACUGAAGAGCUGUUUUGCGACUGA